AUGCUCCGACUGGCGAAGCUCUCCACUGCAAUAUGGAUGCUGGGGUGCUCUACAGGAGUCAUUCUGGCUCUGAAAAAUGUCACGAUAGACGACCGGUUCGGGGACGAACUCACCCACAUUGUCCCAACAUUUACGCCGGUUGAUGGAUGGUGGCUUGGGAGCGCCGGAGGUACUGGUGGAUUCGCGAAACCCAGCGCAUCAUUGGCGUACAACAAGACAUGGCUCGAUUCGACUCAUAAAGUCGGUGAGGUAGAGCGAAUGGUCAACUUUGGUUUCACAGGCGUAUCAUUAUAUGUCUACUGCAUUAUCGCAAAUAGUCAAGAUUUUCCUGCCUUUGCGGAUUACAAGUUUCUCAUGGACGGGGAACUCGUCGGAACAUACACGCACUACGCAGAAAAGCCCUUCGGUUAUCUCUACAACACUCCGGUCUACGUCAACAGGACCUUAAAAAACGAAUUUCAUAAUUUCACUAUCGUCGUAGAUUCCAUCGAGCAGCCAGUUUUGCUCCUAUUCGACUAUGCCAUCUACACUGCAACCAGCGACGAUCUCGUGAACCAACCGUCAUCACGAUUCCCUAUACCCACACCCAUUCCCCCUUCAAAUGUGGGCGCUGAUGUCGGACGCACACUUGGGGCAUUCACCCUCGGGUUGUUCCUCGGCAUGCUACUUCUGGUCGUUUACCGCCGGCAGAAAACGCAAGGGAUCUCCGGGUGGCGCCUUGCUAAUGUACGUGAAACGACGCGGCGAUGGGUAUCCGAUUUCCGCAAGAAUAUAGCAACUAUCGUCGAGUCCACACACCAAUCGCGUCUCAGUCUUGCCGUAGAUGCGUCAACUCAGGCUCCAGCACACGGCCGCAGGGAUCUUGACACAAGGGAUCGUUCAGAAGAACUCAGAGAGAUUAGACAAGAAGUUCAAAACCUACGUGCAGAGCAGCGGACGAUGAUUAUGGCGAUCAGUAUGCCACGGUCCCCGCCCCCAUACAAUGUGUAG